UAGAGAGAUCAGUUCUUCUAAAUGUAUAAUUCUGAUUUGUUAUAAAUAAAUGAAUGUGUUUCAAAAAAAUUGGGAAAAAAAAGUCAUUUCCUUGAAAAAAAAACUGUUUAAAUAUAGAAAUGGAAUAUUAUUGGUUAGGAAGAGAGGAAAUUGACUAUUAUAUUGGAAGAACGUCAGACGAAACGUUAAACGCAGUCUCUGGAGCGGUGUCCGGUAUUUUUUCUAGUAUUAUUGUUUGUCCAUUGGGUAAAAAAAAAACAAAAAUAAUUUUUGAAAGAGAAAUGAAUGAUUUUUUUUAAAAAAUAGAUGUAAUUAAAACAAGGCUUCAAUUAAGAUCAAAUAAUUAUGUUGUUGGGGGGGAGAUGAAAGCAUAUAAAGGGUUUUAUAAUACACUUUUAAGAAUCUGGUUUGAGGAGGGGAUUCGAGGGUUUUAUAGAGGUCUUGGCCCACUCAUGGCAGGAUAUUUUCCUACAUGGGGUAUUUAUUUUACAAUAUAUGAACGUUGUAAAGAUAUUUAUGGUCGUUCUUAUAAUUCAGAAUCUAUACAAAAAGCUUCUUUGAUUGUAAAUAUGAAAUCAGCUAUUACAGCAGGUUCUAUUUCUUCUAUUUUAACGAAUCCUAUUUGGAUUGUUAAAACAAGAUUAAUGAGUCAGAAUUCUCAUUCGUAUAUAUAUUACCGAAAUACAUUUGAUGCUUUUAGGAAAAUGUAUACAAAUGAGGGUAUUUUUUCAUUUUAUAAAGGGUUGGUGCCUUCUUUGAUUGGUGUAACGCAUGUUGCUAUUCAAUUUCCUUUAUAUGAAUUUCUUAAAGAUGUAUUUUUCAUUGAUAUUGUGGAUUUUGAAAAACCGUUGUUGUUUAAAGUUGUUUUAGCUUCAGUUAUAUCUAAAAUGGUUGCUGGUUCUAUUACUUAUCCUCAUGAGGUUAUUCGUACGCGUAUUCAAACUCAAAUGUAUCAUAAAGAUUCUCCAAAGAUUCAAUAUCGGGGGGUGUUUCAUACUUUUUGUCGAAUAUAUUAUGAAGAGGGCUGGAAAAGUUUUUAUUCUGGUAUGGGUACUAAUCUUAUUCGAACUGUACCUGUAUCUAUGGUUAUGCUUUUGACAUUUGAAAUACUAAAUAAGUGGUUAUUUCAGAUUAAACACCGUCAUCAUGAGUACAUUAAUUAAUAUAAUUCAUAUACAAGUGAUUGUCUGGAUAUUUAUAUAAUUAUAAAGCAAUAUUAUUCGAUUUUUCUUGUAUUAUAUAUUUUGAUGAUUUCAUAAAAUCUAUUAUAAAUUAAAUAAUGGAUAUAUUAAAUUAUAUCGGUUUUUUAUGAAAUAUUUAAUUGUAUUUAUGAGG